AUGGCUCCUUCAUCUUCCACCUCAUCUUCACCCUCACCCUCACCCGCCUCCACAUUCCUCAACCACGACUGCGCAAUCCUCAUCCUCCAGAACCUCGACAACAUCCACGACAUCGCCGCCUGCCAGCGCGUAAACCGCGCCUGGCGCGACCGCACACGGGACUACAUCGCAAACCACGGGCUCAAGAAGCACUUCCCCGACAGCCACGCUGCGUUCCUGGCGACGGUCGGGGAAAGCGGCGGCGAGCCAUACCAGCGGUGGGAGGAGUUUGCCGAGAGCGCGUCGGAGACCGCGCUGUAUGAACGGUGGGUUGGUGGGCGUCCAGUGAGUACCACCGAACUCGUGUGUCGACACUACGUGCGCGCGGGCAAGUUCAUCGUUUGGCAGGCGGAGGAUCACUCGGUUUACUGGCGGUGGGCGGGGUAUCAGGACUCCAAGGGGACGCCGUACCCGGAUAAGCAGAUAAACCUAGGUAAGCUGUCCGUGCCGAUGAAGCACAUGGCUGUCUGCACGGAGGCCGAGACGCUGUUCCUGAUUUUCGCCCGCGGGGCGGCAAGGGGUCUUGCGAAGCUGGCGAAGUGGAUGCCCAGGAGCUCGAGGAGGAGGCAAGGCUAUGAGCAGGCCUACGAGCAGCCAGAGCAUAUGCAAUACAUGGUUGAUCUGCAGACCGGCGACGGCCUCUGGGCCCGGAGCGAUGGAGUCUACCCCCGAGAUCACCGGACAGAUUACAACCGGCACUUCAAGUUCGGCUGGACGACGAUGUACGAGGUGCUUGCGAAUGGCGAAGAAGACCCGGCAGGCCAGAGCACGGUGGAGAUGUUCGACAUCCGCACCGGCGAGCCGCGCGGCACCCUUACCAUCCCCACAGGCAACGACACCAUCAACGUGGAGAACCUGCCGGAGCUGCGCAUCGUGCGCCUAGGAGGCUCCGAGGUGCUCAUGACCCUGCACACGGACGUCAUCGGCUACCGCGGCGGCUACGACAGCGAGAUCCGGUUCACCAGGACCAACGGCUCAGUAAUGGGCUCCAUUGGGCUGAACCUGGCAAACGACCCUCGGAAGCCAUUGACACGGGCCAGGAUCAUGGUCCCCGAGCGCCGCCACGGACCGCUAGCCUUCGCGGUCCUCGCGUACUCCUUCGAGCCCGACACGCUGGGCCGCAAGAUCCUCGCCAUGCACACGUACACGAUCGACGAGGCAGCGAACUUCCUGAGCGAGCUCGUGGAAGAGGUCGACCUCGACGCGCUGUACGCGGAUUACAGCAGGAUCGAGCUCGACCCGUUCCGCGGCUUCAUGGUGGGCGUCCUGGACGAGGCGGGGGAGCCGGACAGGAACCGGGCUCGAGGGCGCGCCGCACACCCCGAGGUCGUGGUUAUGCCGAUCGUGCCGCGCUCAAAUCCCCGCGUGCCGCGCGUUGAGUACUAUGGGCUUGCAACGGGGACCGUGGUAGGUCGGAAGCCGUUAUUCAGCCCGCGGCCGGCGAAUGGACGGGGCUUGCUUGGACAGCAGAUUCCUUCUGUGCCUGAUCAUGGCUGUAAGUAUGAGCCUGAUGGUGAGAUGGUCAUCCAGGGGACUAACCUUGCCAUUGACAUGCAUCCGACAUUCAAGUGUAAGCCACCUGAAGACUGCCCGGGUCACCUCUGUGCCGCUUGCGGCGACUGCAGAGCGGUGCGCUUUGUGGAGUUUGGGUUCCCGAGGCAGUACAAUCGGCCUCCUGUUCAGGGGGAUACGUUGCAUCCGCAGGAUCAUAGCUAA